AUGAGCCGGAUCAUUCGACCGAUUGAUGUUCUUUGCGAGGAGGAGCGACUGCGGAGGCUGUCUGAGCGAAUGGCCUACGACAGCGGUGACGGUGCCGAGCAUGCCCGUCAGAGGCGUGCCCGGACACUUGUGGAGGAGAUGAGCCUCUUGGGGUCCCAGCUGCGGUCGAAGUCUAUCGAAGAUCGCCGGUCCAAUGCCGUGGAGGCACUGGAAGCUGGGCUGGAAGCAAGGCGUAAGGCAACUCUGCAUGACAUUUCGGCCGGAGCAAAGAAGGAGACAAAGAAGGAGGCGGAGGUUCCUUCCUCCCCACAAGUUGAGGAUGGAGACCAUGACCUCCAGUCCAAGCUUUCGGAUGCGCUGGAAAGGAUCACUGUGAGGGCUGUGGUAGGACUCAGAGGCUUAACGGAAGUUCCCGAGCCUGUCGAGGCUGUUGUCGUCGCUGUCCUCCAGCUUGUCAACUGCGAAUAUUCGGGAUUGGAUUCGGAACCUGUGCCUUCACCUGCGACGUGGGAAGAAGCGCGCCGAGUACUGCUAAAGCCCGGACACUUCGUCAGUGCUUUGAGGAAGUUUCCAUUUGCUCUUCAGCGAGGGCAGAUACUCGACAAGGAGGUUGCGCGAGCAGAGCAGGCAUUGGAUAGCCUGCCAAGUGCAGGAGCAGGUCUUUCUGAUGUUCAUGAGGCUGCUCUUCACUUGUAUGAUUGGCUUGCAACCGCCUUGGACUUUGCAGCCUGGCUUCGUGAAAGGCAGGGUGCAAAGUGCGUGGCCCGUCAUAGCACUGAUGCCGAUGAGCCGAAGCCGUCAAUGCCAUCAAAGCCAGUGCCGCAGCAAGUGGACACAGCCUACCCUCGCUCUGCACCCGGCUCGCCGGGGUCCCCGGACUUCAAACCGAGCAAACCAGCACCAGCCCCGAGUUCAGAAAGGCCGGAUGCUGCGGACACUUUUCCAGGGCAUCUGCGAAAUCUGCGAAAGCCGCGAACUAUGCCGCGAAACGCACAGCCGGAGCAACCACCCAGAGCACAUAAAGGGUCACCAUCGCCUACUAGACGGCCAAGUCGACCAUCUCCAGGAACGACUGCACCAAACGAGACCGGACGCAGUGUGUGGUCAAGCACAUCAAUAUCUUCAACUGCAUCGAUGAGCACCUCUCCCUGCUCGUCUAGAUCAACUUUACCGUCUUGGUCGGGGCUUGCCACCUCCAAGCCUGCGCACGCUCCUCGAGUUGCAGGUACAAGUCCACAGCGUGGCAGCUCAUCACCAAGAAUAUCGACCGCAAAGCCGUCGUCUAGUGCACGCCUUGCUACGUCCAGCGCAAAGUCACCGGUGCCCCAUACAAGGAGCGCGGUGCGUGCGGCGACGUCGCCUCAGCCAAAGCUCAAGCCAAGAGAUGAUGCAGAGGCUGGUCAGCCACGCGCCCUUCGCGAGAGCAGCGCCCCAUUGAGCAGCCAUGUCUCAUCGCAGAGCUCUGCUCUUGCCGGAUUGCCGACGGCAGAAGACUUCGCGGCAAUGCGGACACAGCUGGACCAAGAAAAGAGAGAGGUCAGGCAGAUCAAAUCCUUGGAGUCGCAGCUGAAGUGGGGCCUUCAGCGCGAGGAGCGGCGCCAGACCGAGGAGGAACGAAGGGAAGAGGCUCGACAGAUCAUGGAAUGGAGGGACCGCCAAGCGAGAGAGAUGAAAGACUAUGUCGAGGAAAAGGGCCGGGAGCAGCGGAUACAGGAACUUCUGCAAUCAAAGGAGUACCAGAUGUUCAAGCGCGAAUGGAAGCAAGCCGUGCGAAAGGAGGAAAUAGAGCGAAUCAAGGUGCAGCUGGCUGAGGGAAUGGACAACGCCCACUGGAAGCUUGAGCUGCAGCGGGCGAUGGAGAUGGACAGGCAGCUGGCGUUGCAGGAAAUUAUGGAGUCGCAGCAAGAGAUGAAAGAGAUACGAGAAAAAGAGCGACAGCGGGAGAAAGCAGUACAACUCCAGGACAGUAGAAUAUCACCACUGCCCGGUAAACGAGAUCAUUCGCCUACUUCUGCUGCCAACUCAUCUCGCCACACCGUCCGGGAAUGA